AUGGGUCCGAGGAGCAAGACGACUUGGUUACCCAGGAAGUACUCGGGUACGAGAAGGGCUGCUCUCGCAACCUGGGGCGGAGGAAACGACGUUCUGGAGACUCGCAGCCGGCCUCACCUCUCUGGAUCUGCGAGCUCUCCAGCCGCCAGCUUCUCCAGUUGCCACAACUUCCGGCCCCGAAGCCCCUCCCCCCGGCUCCGUGGCUGUCUCUCGGGUCCUCACUGCGGAAAGGUGACUGCGGCGGUUGCCGUGUCUGCUCAGGCGUCGGACCAGGAGCUGCCACGUCUUUGGGACCGAAGAGAGGCCACGACAGGGUGCUAAGGCUCAGCCAAGCGCCGCGUGGUCCCGCCGGCGGGGUUGAAGCAGCAGCGGCCGGACGCGGGGCACGCAGGCGCGCGCGGGGCAGGCACGGCGGCGGAAGUGUAGGCACAGCUUGGCCAAGCCGUCUAGGAAGCCGAGGCGGGUCGCCCAGCUGGGGCAGUCGGAGCCCCGCCAGAGCGUCGGGAUUCAGCUCCGUUUGCCAGCGCGAUGCCUCUGUUCACUGCCAACCCGUUCGAGCAAGAUGUGGAAAAAGCUACAAAUGAGUACAACACCACAGAAGACUGGAGUCUGAUCAUGGACAUCUGUGACAGGGUUGGGAGCACUCCCAAUGGAGCAAAAGAUUGCCUAAAAGCCAUAAUGAAAAGGGUAAACCAUAAGGUCCCUCAUGUUGCUCUGCAAGCAUUAACCCUUCUUGGAGCUUGUGUGGCAAACUGUGGAAAGAUAUUUCAUUUAGAAGUAUGUUCCCGUGAUUUUGCAACGGAAGUACGUGCUGUGAUAAAAAAUAAGGCUCAUCCUAAAGUAUGUGAAAAACUAAAAUCUCUAAUGGUGGAAUGGUCAGAAGAGUUCCAGAAGGACCCCCAGUUUAGUCUGAUAUCUGCAACUAUUAAGUCUAUGAAAGAAGAAGGAGUCACUUUUCCCUCAGCAGGUUCCCAGACUGUCUCAGCUGCUGCCAAAAACGGGACAUCAUUGAACAAAAACAAAGAAGAUGAGGACAUAGCUAAAGCUAUUGAGUUAUCGUUGCAAGAUCAGAAGCAGCAGUACACAGAGACAAAGGCUUUAUACCCACCUGCAGAGAGUCAGUUAAAUAACAAGGCUGCACGGAGAGUCAGAGCUCUAUACGACUUUGAAGCUGUUGAGGACAAUGAACUCACUUUUAAACAUGGUGAAAUUAUUACUGUUUUGGAUGACAGUGACGCCAACUGGUGGGAAGGAGAAAAUCACCGAGGAACAGGGCUCUUCCCCUCCAACUUCGUAACUACUGACUUAAGCGCAGAAGUUGAGACGGCAACAGUGGACAAAUUGAAUGUAAUUGAUGAUGAUGUGGAGGAAAUGAAGAAGUCAGAACCCGAGCCUGUUUAUAUAGAUGAGGGUAAAAUGGAUAGAGCCCUGCAGAUUCUCCAGAGUAUUGAUCCAAAAGAUUCAAAACCUGACUCCCAAGACCUCUUGGACUUGGAAGAUAUUUGCCAACAAAUGGGUCCAAUGAUAGAUGAAAAACUUGAAGAGAUUGAUAGGAGGCAUUCAGAACUGUCUGAGUUGAAUGUAAAGGUGCUGGAAGCUCUGGACCUGUACAACAAAUUGGUGAACGAAGCACCAGUGUACUCCGUCUAUUCAAAGCUGCACCCAGCACAUUACCCGUCCUCAGCAGCCGGGGUUCCAGUGCAGACAUAUCCAGUCCAGUCGCAUGGUGGAAACUACCUGGGUCAUGGCAUUCACCAAGUAUCUGUUGCCCAGAACUAUAACCUAGGCCCUGAUCCUAUGGGCUCGCUGAGAUCGCUGCCUCCAAAUAUGAACUCAGUAACAGCACACACCGUCCAAGCUCCAUAUUUAAGCACUGGACAGGACACUGUUUCCAGUCCUUCUUACAUGAACCAGAGCUCUCGUCUUCAGGCAGCUGCUGGUACAGCUGCUUACACACAGCCCAUGGGGAUGGCUGCAGAUGUGUCUUCUUUCCAGAACACAGCCUCCAGUUUGCCUCAGCUGGCUGGCUUUCCAGUGGCAGUUCCUGCACCUCCAGCUGCACAGCCGCAAGCAAGUUACCCGCAACAGCAGCCACUCCUUUAGAGACACACCAGGACCUGCAGAACGUCUUCAUGGGUGUGCCACUUAACCCAGGGGAUUCUAAUCUGAAAUAUUAAAAGUUUCCCCUCUCAGUCAAAGAGAACCGUGAAUAAAUAAAGCACAAGACCCCACCUUACCCUGAAGGCCAUAAAAGGUUUUUUUGUUUUUUUUUUUUUUCCAGUCCAGUUCGCUUGAAGCUGAUCUUUUGGUCAAAGGCAGCUUGGGUGUUCUGAGUUAGUCUGGCUGUACUUUGUGGGUCCUCAUGGAGUAGCCUUAUGACACUACAUGGUAUGAAGUAGGAUGUAGAAUUUUCUCUUUAAAGAAACCAUUGUUUCCUCUUAAGAUGUGAUUUGAGGAGCACUGAAGACCUUUAAACAUUUUGUCUGCGCUCCCCUCCAUACCCCCCGAAUUUCCCACACCCUGUUAUUUUAAAAGGCGAACAUCUCUUAGUGCAAGCCUUUAGCUUGCCAGCAUAUUUCCUGUCGGCUCCUUAAAUUACAGUUGUGUUUGCAGUACUGUCAGCUUUGCUCUCAGUGUAAUGCUGAGUAGUAAUUAGCAUAUACUUGACUACAGAAGCAGGAACAAUUUGGAAGGUAUAAAAAUGUUUUCUGUUAUUAACAGUGAAAACCAUCUUAAAUGCAAAUAUUACGAAGCAGUUAGCCAGUCCUCUGACAGCCGAGGGCCAAGGAAUGCCACUUGAGAUGUUAGCCUUCCCCAGGGAGGGCAUUCUCUCAUGCUAGUGUCCCUGGUAUUUAGAAUUGUUUUCUAGUGACUUUGACAGAUGUCUAAUGAAGGUACUGACCUUUGGAUUUCCUGCCACCACACAUGCAGGCACUGCACUUCCUUCUUAGGGAUUCUCAGUGACAUCUGAGCCAGGAGACAUGCCCCAUGAUCUGAUGUGAUAGAAACCAUCAUGAGUGUUAAUUGUGAGGUGGGUGUUACUUUCUUACAGAAGUGAUUGACACUCCAUUGGAAAGUUGUCAUCGUGCCAAGCUUCCAGGGGUCAUCGUGAAGGGAGUGUGCAUCCCCUCAGAAGUAAUUCUGAGCCUUGCAGGAACAACAGGCAGCAGUUGGUGGACACAGAGGCUGGUGGGACAGCGGCCAGGCUGCUUUUCUGAAGCUCAUGUUUUAAAUUAGUUCAUAGUACAAGAUCCCACAUACUGUAAGAAUUGGUGAUAAACCCAUAGGGAUUUUUUUCUCUUAAAACUUUGCACACUACUUUAUUAUAUCAACUUUUUACACAACACAAACUAGAAAACAUAUAUGCACAUGUUUCAGAUCCAUGAUAUUUACACUGGGAAAUGUUCUAAACUGAAUUUUUUAAAAUUUAAAGUUUUUUGCAUGAAUGCACUUCUAUAUAUUUUUUAAGCCCUUAAUCUUUAUUAAAAAUCCAUUGGGAGACAAUUUAAAAUCUUGUCAUUUAUCUUUUUACAGAUACUUGGUUAUAAGUAUGUUAUUUUUUCAAAGAAACUUUAUUCUAGAACCUACUACUGCAUAAAAUAGCCAGCACAGAAGAUCAUAGGCAGUCCCUGCAAACCUGUAUUUUGUGAGUAUAUGGUUUUCAGAUACAGGACACUGGAAGAGUUUCAGUCCUUAGCCCUCAUGUUCUGUUUUUAAUGCAACCUUUUCCUCUCAGCUGAACUUAUUGAUGUUCUUACAGGAUAAACUGCAACACACAGCACCUUACUGUUUCCAGAACAAACUUCUGCUCUUUAAAAAUUAAGUAAAUAAACAUAAAAGUCCAGAGCUGCUCUUGAUAACGUUUGUGUAGAUAGAUGAGCACGUCUUCCCUUCCAAAGUGUUUAAUAAGCUCGUGCUGGUGUUUGUGCACUUCAUGUUCAGUUAUUGUGUAAAUUAUAAAAGCCUUAUCUAGUCAGUGUAAAUACCGCAUACUUGUUAAGUGGGGACUAUCCAGUAAAGCUCAGCUGUUUUGGAAUAAUAAAACAUGCCACACGGCCUGUAUAUAAAUAGUGUAUAUUGGUGUUUGUGAAGUUUAAUAUAUGCAGAAAUUUUUUCCUCCUACAUUUUAUUUUUUUCCAUUCAUAAAUUUGUGUUGUAGAGUUAUUGUUAGCCUAAAAUGAUAUUAAAUCUGUAUUGAUCUGAUUUCAGUAUUAAUAUGAAAUGUAAAGAUAUAUAUUUUCCCAUGAUCCUAUUGAACUGUACUUAUUUUAAGAUGUUUGUAGCUAUUUAUUUUCUGCCAAAGGAAUAAUCUACCUUCAUAUUUCUACAUUGGGUUCAUAUUUAGUGUUUUCUAACAAAAAAUUUUUAAAUUAAUUUCAUUUUUCAUAUAAAUCUUGAUAUAUUAGAAAAUUCCUAAAAAUAUAUAGAAUUUUAUAGUAUAAAACAUGUUGGAAAAAUUAACAGUCAGCCAAUGUUGUCUUUUUAUUUGGUAAUUUGCUUACAAAAUUACCUGCACAUUAUCUUUUUGCCUAGCAUUUAAAUAUGUGUUUCCAUUAUGCUAUUUCCAGUACUUGAUAUUUGACUAAUGAUUGUACUGUGUACUGAAGAUGAUAAUAAAGUUUCGUCCACAUUUUGAAAAACAAUUGUAAAUGUGGCUGGUCUACGGAUAUAACUCAGUGAUAGAGUUUGUUCUUCACCCCUCAACAUUGCAAAAUGGGGGAAGACGGCCUUAGGGAUCUUUUUGACUUUUAAAGAAGUUUUACAUGUGUCAGGUAUAUAAGUGUUUUGUCUGCAUGCAUAUCUAUGCACCAUAUGCAUGCCUGGUUCACGAAGAGGCCAGAAGAAGGCAUAGAUCCCCUGGAACUGGAGUUAGAAAAGGUGAGCAGCCUGUGUGCUGGCAGCUGAGCCACCUCUCCACCUCUGGAAACUCUUUAAAAGCUAUUCCCAGUAAAAGACAAAGUGUAAGGCUCCUGUCCACUCCAGGGCCAGGGUUUGUUGAAUUGUUGCUUUAGUGUAACAGCAACGUUGUUCUUAAGGCUAAUAAAUUAUAAAUAACAGCACCAACUUAAUGAUUCUAACAAAAGGUUGAUUCCUUUCUUAACUACUUCAAUUUUGGCUCAUAGAUAAAAGGGAGGACUCAGCUUGAUUUUGAGCAUUUGUUUGACUUCAUUGUUUUCUUAAUAAAGUUUCUGGGUUUUUGUUUUUCCCCAGAGGAAAAAUUACUAUAAAUUUGUGAAGCUAAGUUUGAAUUUGAGAGGUUUUUUUUUAUUUAUUUAUUUUUAAUGUAGCUUACUUAGAAUGUGUGUGACCUUACUUGAAGUGAUCUGAAGGUAAAGGAUUCUUGAGUGGAACCAUUCCCACCAAGGAUGGACUCUGAAUCAAUGAUGGUUUCUUCCUACGAAGAUGGGAAGCAGGACCCAGUGAAGGAAGCUGCAUUCAGGAGGAGACAGGCCGCACUGCUUGAGGAAAGAAGGGGCUGCCUGGAACCACACAAGCUGGACACGGACAGGACUUCUCCCUGAGCCUUUGAGGGAACAUGUUCUGCCAACCACACUUGUGGACUUUUAGCCUCCAGAGCUGGGAGGAAAUCUGUUUCUCCUGUUUAAGCUUCUAGCAUUAUGGCAUUCAAUUACAAGGUCCCAGGAAAUUAGCACACAGGUAAACAUACCCAACAGUUCUGGGUACCCUGCACUUGGAACUAUCCAAGAUUGCUUAAAUCAUGUUGGCAUACGAGUUGUGAAAAGUGUAUGUAAUCCAGUGGGCAGUUAUUUUCACCCUCGCUAAACCACAAUGAAAAUGCAUGAUGAUAGAUGACUCUAAAACCCCUCCCCGCUAACACAUAAUCCCAUUUUUAAUGAUGUGUUUCCUCACCUCUGUAUUUGAUCCCUUUAUUGCCAGAGAUGUUCGAAGGUAACGGUUACCUGAUUCUGUGCUUGCUGUCCACUCCUUUGCCCAUCAUGAGUAGGAAUUUAGUGGUAAGAUAAAUUAUUUAAAGGCAAACAGGAGCAGAACUGGAUGACAAAGGCUACUCAGCAAUGGAGAUUUGUGGUAAAAAUUAAAAAAAAAAAACUUUUUGUUUUGUUUUGUUUUAAGACAGGGUUUCUCUCUAUAGCCCUGGCUGUCCUGUAACUCACUCUGUAGACCAGACUGGCCUCGAACUCAGAAAUCCUCCUGCCUCUGCCUCCCAAGUGCUGGGAUUAAAGGCGUGUGCCACCACUGCCUGGCCUAAAAAAAUAUACUGUUAAAAUAAGAGAGCACCUACUUGACAUUUGGUAUAGGAAGCAGUGACAUCUUUUUCUUUUCUUUUUUUUUUUUAAUUGAUGUGAAGUUCACAUAAUAAAGUUAACCAUUUUAAA